UCGGGCGAUUUUCUGCAACACAAAUGUGAGUACCGGCUGACUAAGGAAUUACGAGUGCUGUUUGUCAGUGCAUCGCAAAGCUAAUAUGACCGAAACCAUAUCGGAGGUAAUGAAACUAUUAAUAUCUGAACAAAUUUCUUACAUUUCUAUGCGAAAGCAGAACUUUAAGUAGGUAUUGUUAUUCAUGCAUCUCCGCAUGACAAGUACUUGCGGUAUUUCCGAUAUAUUUUAUCAGUCAAAAAUCUAGGAUAAAUUCAUGACGUUCUUAUAGAAUGAAAAUAUUCGUAUUUAUUUAUAUAUCUAAAAACUAUUUGGUGUAGGACAAUAUGUAAAAUAUGCAUUGAUUCGAUAUUUUUGGGAUAGAUGUCACAUUAUCUUAGUGUCUUGACUAUAUGCGCGUGUACGAAUGUGUGCAUUUAUUUGAUUUGCGGUAUACGUGUGUGGUACUUCCUCUUCACCCCUUAAUACGCAUGUACUCAGCAUGCAGUACAACAGUGUCCGUGAGAUACGUAUAUCACAGUAUAUACGUAAGACCUACUACUUGCUAUAUACUGUCAACAUUUUUCAAGUGACUGUUCCAUGAUGCUUCAACAUACUGCAAUAUUAACGAAAAUCAUUUAACUUCUUCGAUAUUAAAUAUUCAUUAAGAAAUUGAAGUAACAGAGUUUAUUUGAUAACUGAAGGUGGAAAAAAUCUGUGAUGAAUAUAAGAACCAUAUACUCUGUCAUUGCAUAAAUGCAUCUAGUAUUUUAUAAUUUGAAAGUAAAGUUAAUUAAAAAUAUUAUGCUGUUUUCCUUAUGAAUAAUAUGAUAUUAAAACUCUUUAUUAAAUCAUUAUUCAAUUUAAAUUAAAAAAGAAGAUAUAUACACAAACACACGCGCACAUGCACACACACACACACACACAUCAGACAUACACAAAUAUAUAUAUAUAUUUAUAUAUAUAUAUAUAUAUAUAAAAUAGAAGAUCAGGAUUUUUAUAAAGCAAACUUUUUCAUACAUUGGUUAUGUGCAAUGCCGAGAUGCUGCAAUGAAAACAAGGCAGUGAGUUCGGUUGGCACUAGUCAAAAACAUAAUACAGAAGAUAUUUUGUUAACACAGAAUUGUUCUUUUUCAAUUGGAAAUCAGUUGGAAUUAGAGGAAGAUCCACCAAUUGUUGAAAAAUCACACAGAAGAAUAAGGUGUGAUCUAAGUCCAGUUCCAACAAGUACAAGUACUAAUUUAAAUAUAAAGCUUUUAAGUAUUAAGGGAGAUAGAAAUACCCGUCAAGACCAAGUGGACACUGGAUCUGGUGGGUACAGAGAACGAAAAAAAGAAGUUAAAAAGCGAGCAGCUAUAGGCAAUACAGUGCGUGGAUUCCUCUCAUCUGGCCAUAGUAGGCAGGACAGGUAUGAGACAAAUAGACAACAAUCCUCAGGCGGAAGUGGCCUGUCAAGUUUAUGUCCAAAAUUGGUGGCCAGUGGAGGUGGUGGAAAUCAGGGUGGGAUUAAUUUGGCAGUGGGCCACUUAGCCUCUCAAGAAGGAGGUCCUUGUUCAGUUGUAACUUCUCAAAGGAUCCAUAACCAUACACAUCAUAAACGCCAAAGAAAAUUAUCUAUUGUUUCUCAAGCUGGCACUAGUGCUCAUAGUUCUGGAGAUAGAAAGACAUCAAAUAUUAGCCGUUCCUCUACAACAAUUUGCAAAAAACAAGUGCGAACACAAAGGAUUGAUCAUAACACAGAUUCAUUAUCUAUUACAAGUAACGGAAUCAGCAGUACUUCCCCUUCUUCUAAAAAGAAAAUUUUAUCUACAUUACGAAUUUCUGAAAAAUCAAUUUCUCGGAAUCUUAAUUCACCAUCUUUAGAUCAUGAAAAUGAACGCAGUUUUAGUGAUGCAGAGGAAGCUAUUACAGCAACGGAAAAUGUGUUCAAUAUGCCAGGAUCCAGUUCUACACCAUCAACACCAAUUAGUCGAUUAAAAUUAAAAAAGUCGGAUGAAGAUGAAACGAAUAUGGAAUGCAAUAUUAGUGAAGAAAAUGCUACUUUGUUAUUGAACACAGAUAAAAAGGAAUCAGAUUCUAAUAAACAAAAAACUUCAACAUCAGAAUGUUUCGAAUUCUCUUCGACUUCGAAUAUUACAAGAAAAAUAUCGAUAAAUUGUAUCGAAGAAGAAAUAAGUGCACAGAAUAAACAAAAAAUAUUUUCAACUUCUUCUAUAAAUUCGAAAUGUAAUAAUAGUGAUGGUAAAACUAUAAAAUCUAAAAGUAAAUAUGUUACAGAAAAAAUUAUUGAACAACAAAACAAUAAAAAUUUAAAAGAAACGAAUAUGGAAAAAAAUAUAGAUAUAAAUAUGUCUGCAGAUAAUUCUAUAAGUUCAGCAGUUAAUAAAAAUAAUGAAAAAAUAAAACGAAAAAUAUCCAACGAUGAAUCAAAAUCUACAAAUAUUGCAGAGAAUGAAAACUUAACUAAAAAUUCUAACAAAAAUAUAAUUGAUGAUAAAAAAAAUAUGCAACAGAAUGAAGAAGUAGUAAAAUCUUCAAGAUUUGUAACAUCAAAAGUGUCUGAAGAAAUUGUAGAAACUGAAAUUAAAGAUAUAGAUACACAAAGAGAAGUAGAAGAAGUGACAAUAUAUGAUGAAGAUGAUAACGGCACUAGUAUCAGUGAUAUUGUUGCUGCUCAGGCACUUCAUGAAUCUCUAAGUAAAUUAGGAAAAGUACCACCUUUAGAUACAGAUAUGGAGAAUGUCAAAGAUGCAAAUAUGCAAGAUGAAACUAAAAUGAUGAAAGAAGAAAAAGAGAAAGAAGUUGUGCAAGAAGAAACAGUAGAAGGAUUUAUUGGUCCCUUACUUGAUGAAAAUUUUAAAGCAGAUGAAAAAUUAACACAAAAAACUAUGGCUAUGGAAGAAGUACGAAAUUUAUUGAUGAAAGUUAAAGUGCAAACAGUUGAAGAUGAUGAUGAUGAAGAAAAAGCUAUAGGUAUUUCACCAGAUGGCAGAUUUUUAAAAUUUGAAGAAGAAAUCGGUAGAGGCAGUUUUAAAACAGUAUAUAGAGGACUAGAUACUCAAACUGGUGUAGCUGUUGCUUGGUGUGAAUUACAAGAAAAAAAAUUAAACAAGACAGAAAGAUUAAGAUUUCGAGAAGAAGCAGAAAUGUUGAAAGGAUUACAACACCCAAAUAUUGUUAGAUUUUAUGACUAUUGGGAAGUUACUCUUACACGAAGAAAAUAUAUUGUAUUAGUCACUGAGCUUAUGACUUCAGGAACAUUAAAAACGUAUUUAAGGCGCUUUAAAAAAAUUAAUCCAAAAGUAGUGAAAUCUUGGUGUCGACAAAUUUUAAAAGGCCUUAGUUUUUUGCAUUCAAGAUCACCACCAAUUAUUCAUCGUGAUUUAAAAUGUGACAAUAUUUUUAUUACUGGUACGACAGGAAGCGUAAAAAUUGGUGAUUUAGGACUUGCUACUCUUAAAAAUCGAAGUUUUGCAAAAAGUGUUAUUGGAACACCUGAAUUUAUGGCACCAGAAAUGUAUGAAGAACAUUAUGAUGAAUCUGUUGAUGUUUAUGCAUUUGGAAUGUGUAUGCUUGAAAUGGCUACUAGUGAAUAUCCAUACUCUGAAUGUACUGGACCAGCACAAAUAUAUAAACGCGUAGUAUCGGGUGUAAAGCCACAAAGUUAUGACAAGGUAGAAAAUCCAGAAGUACGCGAAAUUAUAGAAAUGUGUAUUCGUUUAAAAAAAGAAGAACGACCUCUAGUUAAAGAUCUUUUAAAUCAUGAAUUUUUUGCGGAUGAUGUCGGAUUGAAAUUAGAAAUGGUUUCGAGAGAUUCAGCUGUAGCGGAUGCGGAAUUGUCACGUGUUGAAUUCAGACUUCGAGUGUUAGAUCCUAAAAAACGUACUAAUAAGCAUAAAGAAAAUGAAGCGAUACAGUUUGACUUUGAUAUUCAAACUGAUAAUGCAGAAGAAGUAGCCUCUGAAAUGGCUAAAUCUAGCCUUAUACUCGAAGAAGAUGUUAAAGCUGUGACAAAAAUGUUAAAAUCACAAAUCAGUACUUUAUUACGAGAGAGAGAAGAACGUAAGGCCAAAGAAGAAAAGGAACGUUUAGAUAGAGAAGCAGAUAAUACUAAUACAACCACUGAAAAUUUAUUACAGCAACAAUUAUUACUCCAACAAAUGCAAUUGCAACAACAGCAACAACAAAUGCAAUCAAAUAUGGGCAUUCAAAUGCAAAAUCAAGUACAAAUGCAAUUGCAACAAAAUCAAAUACCUUUGCAACAACAACAACAAAUGCAAACUGCUGCACAACAAACUCAGCAGCAUAAUUUACAACCACAACAAGUUCAAUUAGUUCAACAACAACCAUUGAUACAACAACAAACAUCUGUUGUUCAGCCACAACAAGCACAACAAAUACAACAAGUACCUCAGGUUUCACAACAACAGGUGCAGUAUCAACAACAACAAUAUCAACAACAAUUGCAACAACAGUAUCAACAGCAGCAACAACAACAGCAACAACAGUUUUCCCAGCAUGUUUCACAAAAUUUAACUGCUACUUCUUCACAAUGUUCCACUCCUCAAACUGUACAGACUCAACCACAAUUUCCUCAAGUAACUCAACAAAUGCAACAGCAACAACAUUUACAUCAGCAACAACAAUAUAUACAAUUGAAUCAAAUGAAUGUACCACAACAAAUGAGUCAUCAGAUACAACAACAAAUUCAACCACAAAUACAAAUUUUAUCACAACCACAACACAUGCAACAUCAGCAAAUACAACAAUCUCAACAAGUACAAUAUUCUCAACCACAAAUACAACAUGUUCAACAAGUACAUUCACAUUCAGUGGCUUCUCCGCCAGUUCAAAAUCAACAGUACUAUCAGCAAAGUACAACAGGAACUUCAGGAUAUAAUACACAGCCAAUGUACCAACAAAAUAUAUCUCAACAAAUGUAUCAUUCAUAUACUAGCUCGAAUUCUUCUGGUCAUGUCGAAAUUUUAUCAUCUAAUCAAUCUACACCUCAAAUGUAUUCUCAUUCAAAUAUCUCUCAGAGCACAGCACCUCCAACUUCACAACCAUAUAUACAACAACAACAAGCAGGACAAGUUCAAGCAUCUGUGCCAUCUGGUAUAAAUAUUCAAAGUACAUCAUCAUCGACUCACAUUCAAAAUACAAUAACUUCAACAAUACCAAAUGUGCAAAAUACGUCUACUUUAAUUACAAAUAGUGGACAUCAACCUCAACAGAAUGUUUUAGUUCAAAUGCAAUAUUCGCAAAAUUCUAAUAUUCCUACUUCUGUACCCAUAUCUGGUAUUUCCGCGCAAUCAAAUACAACAUCUCAACAUCAACAGCAUUUUAUAUCAAAUACAGAAUGUUCUAACACCGAUAGAUCAUCCUUAUCUAAGCAAGAUACAAUGGAUUCUGUACAAUCUUUACCAUCAGAUGUAUCUUCUAAUGUUCAAGAUCAGGGGAAUAUCUCUAAUUUGACUAAUAUAAAUACUACAUCGCAAACAACAGUGCCAAAUGAAGGAAUGACGCAAGAAAAUAUUGAUAAUGUUACUUCAUCUGAAAGAUCUAGAGUGAAAAGAUCUGGUACAAAACGUAAAAAACCUGGUAUCAAAUUAACAGUUUUAUCUGUAAGCAGUAAUGAGGGUCAAUCAAUGACUGUUGAAUGUCAAUUAGAUACUAGCAAACAGAAAACUGUGACAUUUAAAUUUGAUAGAGAUGAUAUGGUGCCUACUGACAUUGCUAAUAAUUUGGUUGCUGAAAAUUUAUUACCGCAAUCUCAAUGUGAAACGUUUGUUGAAUUGAUAGAAGAUAUAGUUAAACAAUUACGUUUGGAUCCUACACGAGCUUUACCUUUAGUAGCACAUGGUCCACCAGAUCAAUCUGCCGGUGGUAGCCCUGUUACAAGUCGUAGACCUAGAGAUCGUGACCACAGUCUUGAUACAGCUAAGCAGGUGAGACAUGGCUCGCUAACUCGUCAAAGCAGCCACCGAUCGUCGUACAAAGUCCAUCGUAGACACCGUUCGAGAGACGAAACUUCCAACACUUCUACACCUACGAAAUUGUUGCCAAUUGAUCAAAUUCUUUCUCAUAUUACGAGUACCACCUCUAUGGAUAAACAACAAAAUGUACAAACACCUGAUAGCCAGAUGGGUCUUGAAAAUACAUCAGCUGAAGCAUCUAGAAGAUCAUCUACAUCCACACAAAAUACAGAUACAUUAACGCCGACUAAUUUACCAAGUGAUCCUACUGAUCCAACUCAAGAAACUAUAGUUACUGUAACAAACACUGAUACAACUGUACAAGAUAUACAUCACGUACUUAAAGAUGAAACUGCUAAAUCUUCUUUAACAUACAGUCAAAGUCAAAUACACGAUUUGGCUAUAAAUCAAAUAAGCGAAAAAUUUAAAGAAUCUGUUCAAGAUAUAAUAGAACAAGAAAAGGAAAUGAAUAAAGAAACGCAAUCUGAUGUUUCAUCUGUAGAAGUAGCUACAUUAACUGCACCUCCAGCGCGAAAAAUCUCUCGUUUUUUAGUUAGUCCUGUAGUUGAACAGAAAAUAAUUAAAAAUGAAGAAGAAGGAUCUAAUACUGUAGAAAAUAUAGAUAAAUCUAAUAUAUUAGCAACACAAUCAAAUUCAUUAUCACAAUCAAAUACAAUUGAAGAAGGACAAAUAAAACACGAUGAUUUAGAAGUUAAUGUUUUAGAAGCACAAGCUAUAAUUUCUGAAAAAUAUAAUAUCGAAAAUAUUACACAAAGUCCUCAAUGUAUCACAGAACAAGUGGAAAAUGUUCAAAUAAUACAACCAGUAACGGUUAAUUUUCAAAAUGCUAUACAAGGACAAACAAUAACACCAAUGUCACAAAUACAGCAGAAUGUUAAUGCUGUACAAUCUAGUCAACAUAAUGUAAUCAUUCAAGGAUCACCAAUACUGCAACAAUCUACUCAACAAAUGCAAACUGUACCCCAAAACUUAGCUAUAUCGCAAAAAGAUUUAUCAACUCAAGUUUCAUCAAGUGGAAUCAAUUUACAAGGACAGUAUCAAAAUCAAGCUUUGCAAUGUAAUGUUUUAUUACAGCAACAACAAAUUACUGUACAACAAAAUUUAACGCAAAUGCAUAUUCAACCUGAAAAUCAACAUCAAGGGCAAAUACAAACUCAGCGAUCAUUACAACAAUUUCAUCCUCAACAAAUACCACAACAACAUCAACAAUAUGUAAUUCUUUCUGGAGCUAUUCCACAACUACAACCAACUGCAAUUAUAGAUGAAAGAAAUCGUAGAAUUUCUAAUAUCUCAACAACAUCAAAUAUGUCUACAGAUUCACAAAUUUCGGAAACUGCUAGUGUUACGGAUGAUAAGAAACAAUCUAUUGUUAUACCUAAUUCAUCAAUGCAACAUGUACAAUUUAUUUCUCAACAAGAUGGAUCGAACAUUACAUCACAUUCUGUUUUAGAACCAGUUCAACAGCUUCAAACAACUCCUCAAAAUAUAAUAAAUGUUCCAACAAAUGCAUCUGUACCUGUUUCAGUUCCUGUUCAUCAAGUUGUUAGUGCAGAAGUUGCUCCUAAAGUUGUACUUAAAACAAAAGAAGUUUCAUCAACACUUCCAGAUUUAGCACAAAAUCUAGCAAAUAUACUUUCGAAUCCAAAAUCAAAAUCUGUAACUCCUCAUUGUUUAACUACUCAUGAAUCAAACCAAACAGUAAAUAUCCCAGGAACUACAGUACUCGAAUAUAAACCUACUCUUCAAUCUGAGCAAUAUUUUCAACCUAUUCAACCAGAAACAAGUCAAAUACAACCGCAAUUACCGCAUAAUUAUCAAACAAAUAUAACGCAACAAGGAAUUUCACAAACAUUUCAAAUUGGACAGCAGACUCAUCAAACUCAAAUACCUUUACAACAAACAAUGCAACUAAAUGCAACUCAUCAGAUUGAUCCUCAAUUACAAAUGGUACAACAAAAUUUUCAAGGAGUAGCAGUUCAUACAUUAACUUCACAGAACAAAUGGAUUACUCCUGCGAAUCAAACUAUUGUACAACAGAAUGCGCCGAUUAGACACGUUCAACAGAUUCAACCACAACUGCAACAAACUAUUCCACAACAUAUUGUACAAGAUACUCAAAAUAUUGAGAAUUCUACUGCUUCUGAUCAAUCUCAGUUUCAUUUAAAGCUUCCCGACCAACAAUUCUUAGGAAAAGUAUUGGAAACUGAAACUCAAGAAAUGAUCAAUUUAGUUGGACGUACAAGUUCUGAUUGUCCUUUACUAUCGGAGAAUGAAAACUCUAGCCAUGAUGUAACUCCUGAACAUACGAUUGUUGAAUCUGUAGAUUCGACCUUAUUUACACAAAAUCAAAUAUUGCAACAGCAGCAACAACAGCAACAACAACAUCGAAAACUUAGUCAACAGAAUUCUUUAGACAAAGUUUCAGACACAAGUAUUGGAAUUAGUGGGACAGGUCCACAAACAAUAGCAGAUCUUCAUCAAAAGCUUGUUCAAUUAACAAGUCAACCGUCCGAAGCACUUAAUGUAGGCACACCACCUUUAAGUUAUCCAGCUACUCCUCAUAAUCAUCAAAUAAUAGGUGGAUAUGAUGCUUACAUGCAUUCUUUACAACAAAAACUUGUUAAUAUUGGCAUGCCUAUUUCAACAACACAUAACAUAGGUCCUUUAUCACCUCAAACUACAAUACAGUCUGCUACAACCUUGGCUGAUUCAAAUGUUACAACAAAUGUGGAAAGUUCUGUUUUAACUCAAGAAAGCACAAUUCAUCAACUUGCACUUUCUCAAACUCAAGUAGAUUGUUCUCUCGAUAGUCCAACACCAGGAGGUCCUGUAGGAUCUGAAACUAUGAGUCCCAGCAAAGAGAAUAUAAAAAUUCGAACGCAAAGACCAGGAUCUCGUCUUCAAGAAUUGGAACAAGAAUUAGCAAAAAUUCAUCAUAGAGGCACAAUUUUACCAACAGCUUCUCCACAACCUUUAACACCACCUGUUUCUGUUGUUAGUUCUAUUCAGAUGCAACCAUCAUUACAACAUACUCAAACUUUAUUAACUACUGUUCCACCUGUAACUGCUGUGCCUGUUGCUAAUGUUAUUUCCAAUGUCAUUACAUCACGCUCCGAUACAAAUACUCCAAUACAAAUAGAAUCUCAAGAAAAUAUUACUGAGAAAGUUAAUACUACACAACCAGUUAGAAAAAUAUCAAGAUUCGUAGUUUCCAAAGUCGCAGGUCCUCCUAAUAAUGUUGCUACAUCAACUCAACAACAUAUUGAUAUAUCAAAAAAUCAAAUAGAAGAUUCAAAGAUUUAUCAUGCAGAUGAUACACAGGGAACAUCAGUACAAAUAGUUCAUAGUCGUGAGAAUUCUCUUCCUCCUACGCAAGUUACUCAAGCUAUUAAUGCUCCUGUUAUAGAACAAUCGGAAAAAGAUGAACGAUUCUGGACAUUAACACCAAGUGAAGAAUAUCAAUUACUCAUAAAAAAGCAAACUAUGGAAUUAGAAACAUUACAAAAAAGACAUAGAGAAGAAUUAGAACGAUUUCAACAACAUCAAUUGCAACUAUUAAUUCAACAACAACAGCAAGCAAGUGCACUUCAUCAGCAUCAUCAUCAACAUCAUCCAUUGCUUUAUCAUACUGUUGCUACUAAUGUGGCAGGACAAAGUAGACUUUCAGGUACAGAAGAAUAUUUAAUGUUUAAUACAAAUCCUCAAACUCCUUUGCAAAAAGUUCCAAACAAUUAUCCAGAUACUGAUGAAACAUUACGAUUAGCUAUGCAAAAAUUGAAGCAAACUCCUUUACAACUACAACCACAACAGGCGGCAACUGGAAUACCACAUGCUUAUGUUAUUCCAAUUCCAGUAGUGCCUUCUGAAACUAUUCAAAACGUGUCUACUCAGCAAUCUAGUAGUUAUACAAGUGAAAUUGCAGAAUCUCUUGACUCAGCGCAUAAUCCGGCAAUUAUAAAUUCAGCGCAAUAUCAAUUCACACCUAUAUUACCGGAUGGAACAAAUAUCGCUGUAUCUUCUACUGGAUCGUUAGUUACACCUAUACCAAUAUCAAGUUCAACAGGAAGCGGAAGUUAUAUCCAAUAUCAUGAAAAUCAAACAUUACCAAAUUUUCAAACAUUCAGUUGUACAUCACAUGGUGGUUUCUUUUUACCAGCUGGCUAUCGACUAAUAUAUGCUCCUCCAGGUGGAACGUCUCAAUCUCAGCCAGCUACUCCGGCUACUCCGCAUAUAGGGAAUUCUCAUGAUGGUACACCGCCAACAGAAUCUUUGCAUACUGCAAAUGUUGACAAUUCAACAGCCCCUCCCUCUCAUAUUGAUCAAUAACCUAAUCUUCAGCAAAUUAUGGUCAUUUUUCGAUUUAUUCAUUUUCGUAAUACAUUCUUUAUUUAAACGUGUUGCCCUUUAUCCACUAGUAUGAAAGUCAUGCAUUAUUAUGAUUGUUAUUUUAUUAUAGUUUUGCUAAUACAUACUACUAUCCUUAUCCUCAUGGAUAUGUAUGCAGGGAGAUGCGAAUGAAAGUAUUUAGGAUGUAUUCGUUAUUGUAACAUCCGUAUGUAAUUUAAAAUAUUCUUGAUGUCUUUGCGUGAGCAUGAUAUUAUUUGAUAUGUGCUUAGCAGCAAAUAUUAAAACACUCAAUUCAUACACGAAGAAUAUUUUGAAUGAACGAAUUAAAAUUCUAGACAAAAAAAAAAGAAAGAAAAAGAAAUAAAAUAUUGAAAUUGAGGAUAGAGGCCUUUACAUGUACUGUGCUUAUUCUUUAUUGUAGUAAAUAUUCUUCUUUAGUAAAAAUGCUUAUUAAAAAACCUUUUCUGCUCUCAAUUCAUUAGCACAGUUCACAUUAGUACAGGCCUCAGCUAGUCUUACAAAUAAUGGCAUAGAGCCAUUCUGCUCGAUAUAUAUGUAUAAUUGUUAAUGUAUACUGAAUGCUUUGAAGAGAGAAUGUAUGUCGUGUGUGCAUGUAUGAGAUUGCAGAAUUAAACAGAGAAGAAAUUGAUUAAUAUAGUCACUGUUAUGCUUUAAUGUAUUUCUAGCGAUUUUACCUAUUUCAAUUAAAAAAAAAAGUCAUGUGUUACUAGUUAGCAGUCUCAUAUAUCUUAUCUAAUAUUAUAUCAACUAUUAUCUUUUAGAUUCAAUUGUCAAUAUUUUUAUUACAGUAUAUUUAAUUUAUCAGUUUAUUUUACUUAUUGGCAUUUCAUUUAUAAUACGUUUUGCACAAUCCAUUCCUUUAUAUAUUUUAGAAAUUUGAUUUAGUACUUUAAUUUCGGUAAUCAAAUCAUAUCUUUAAAAGAAAUAAUGAUAAUCGUUACAAAUAUUGAGAAUCUAAUUUAAAAAAGAAAGCUCAAUAGAAACAUGACUUAGGUAUGAAAUUCAUACAUACAUAUUUUAACAAUAUAUCAAAAAUAAUUUAAUAUUUGCAUUAUAUCCCAAGAAAUAUAUUUUAAAUUUUUAUCUGUGCUAUCACAUAUUGCAUACUGCAAUAUAGUUAAGAAUAGCUUAUUUGUAUAAUUACAAAUAUUAUUGUUUAUUAAUGAUUAUAAUGUUAUUUUUAUUUCGUUCUAAUAAUUGCAGUUUGUAUCGCUUUUAAUGUUGCGAUUUACUACUGCUUUGAGCAUGAAUUUAUUAUUAUCAUUAUUAUCAGUAUUAAAAUUUUGAAAACUAUUUUGAAAUUAAACGUGAAGUUUUUCUUGUAAUCUCCAAUUUAUUGCUUAAUCAUGAUAUAUAUAAUUUCACUCAAUUGUUUUAUACUUGUUUUAUUUUUAUGUUUUGUAUUACAAUUUUAUUAAUCUGUUCUUCAAAAAAAAAAUUAUUAUUUGAUCUGUAAAUUCAGUUAAUCCACCUAGUAAUAAAUUCAUGUAAUUGUUGAACGAAACAUUAUAAUAUAGAUAAUUGUAUGUAUUUCUCAUGGAAAUAUAUUGCAAUUAUUUUUAUAUAGUUACUUUUAAA